AGAUGCGGAAGAACCGGACCUGUGGAGGCUCCGGUUUGUGAAGCGUGGGAGGCGAAAGAAGCAGCAGGUCUCCAAAUGGCUCAAGAAAAAAUGGAACUGGAUUUUGAGGGUGAAACUUCUGAUGGGGGCACCCUGAGACGAUCCAACAGUGCUCCCCUUGACCAUGUGUUCAGUGACCUUUCACAGGAUUUUGAGCCAUAUCCACUUAGAACUUGGAACAGUACAACAUUUAUGAACCAUCAUAGCUUGGAAGAAGGCCUGGAUAUGAUGAACAGAGAAACUUCAGAUGAAAGGGAAGCACCAUCAGGGAUGCAGAUAAGCCAGUUUUGGGAUGAAAGCUUCAGCCUGAGUGACAGUGAUUUUGACAAGCCAGAGAUACUAUGUUCUCCAAAGAGGAUUGGCUCCAUUCCAGUUUGUCCAGCGCCUUCGCCAACCAGAGGAUUUGGAAAGCAGUGCCUUUUGCCCUCUUUGCAAAUGUUUGUGAGUAGCAAUGAUAUGCCAUCAAGUCCUGUUCCGGAUCCGAGACAUUUUUCAAGCAGGAGGAGUCAGAAUCUAGUCAAGUGCAUUAGGCCCAGUGUUCUUGGUCCUCUUAAGAGAAAAGUGGAAAUGGAGACAGAAAGCCAGCCUAAGAGACUCUUCCAAGGCUCCACCAACAUGCUGUCUACAGAUGCUGCCCAAUUGUCUGAUCUCAGUUCAUGUUCUGAUAUUUUGGAUGGCAGUAGUGUCAGCGGUCGCUUGUCCUCAGACUCAUUGGCCACAGGCAGCGGUCCCGCAGAGUCUCCAGUAGCAUGCUCCACUUCAUGCUCUUCGUUCGUCUUGAUGGAUGAUUUCUCAUCCAAGUGACUUACCCAUUUCUGAUUCAGUGUUCUAACUAUUUCCCACAUAAACCAUUCAGUGAGGAAUGUGGAGAACUUUGUUCCAUAAUGGGGAUUAAAGUCUGGCAAAUUGCAACCGUUCUGAUGCUCAUUUCUGGGCACCUCGCCUUUAAAGUUCAAUUUUGCAAGCAUAGUUACCUUACUAACAUUUGUUUGGGCUGACCUCAUUUUGUGUUUGAUGACUAAAUGUCAAAAUCUCAAAUACACAUUUUUGAUUGUUUGGUGGAUUUUUUCCCUAGUGCCUCAAAGAGCACCUAUCUUCACGCACUUAAGGGGAGCACUAAAGCAUAUUUUCUAUGAUUGUUCUUUUCCCUAGCAGUAACAUAACAGUUGAUCAGAAAUUUUGUUGCUUGAGAGAUUUAUAAAAAUUCUUGGUGACUACACACUUUCCCAUCUCUUUAUUUCAUAGUAAUAUUCAGAUUGCUUUUGAUUACAUCAAAUUUUCAUUUUUUUUCUGCAUCAGCUUUAAAGUACAUUGUUUUGUUUCCCUUGCCUGUUUGAGCUGCUUCCUUGCCAUUUCUCACAGAGGGGAAGAAACCCAUAGUCGCUUCCAUCACCACUGUUACUGCUUCUUUGCUGUUGGGAUGUAUGCAGUGAAGACUGCUUUUAGAGUGGAGAAUGUUAAUGGACUUAGAGAAUGCCUACAUUAAUCACCUCAGGUUCUUAGGACUUAGCUACCACAGUUGCUGUUUCCCUCCCCAAACUUGGUGCCCUAAGGAAUAUAUAAAAUAUUGUUGAUAUUUCUAGGUGGUGUUAUCAAGGAGAAGAAAUUCUUGCCUUGACCAGAUAUGUGGAACAUCUACAAAUGAACGAAUAGUUAUUUACACAAACGACUGUAUAAAAGCAAGCGUUCAUGAAGCUGUCAAUGUCUCAGAUAGUAUUAUGAGGCCUUAGGUGCCUUGGGGUACAUUGCUGUCCUAUAGGGGAUAUGUAUCAUAGGGUCUUUUGGAAGUGGACGCUUUCUGUAUGUGAGUGCUAUUUUGUUGGAUUUUUUUCUGAUUCCUUUUUGUCAUUGAGUUUGUUUUGUCAUGUAGUUACCUGGUAUUUUUGGUUAUUGUGUUGUGCUAGAGUCAGAACCCAGUUCUUGUUCUUGUUGCCUUAUAGAGGGCAGUGUAAUAUCCGUAAGGAAGCUUUGAGGAGCUGUAAAGUUAAAUGCUACUGUGCCCUCUGCUUCCAGAAGUCUUCUGAGCUCUAUGCAGUGUAUAUGCAGUGAGACGUAAAAUAUGCUGUCAUUUUUACAAGUGGAAACUCCUGACUAAGAUAUUUAAGAAAUCCAAGUUUGAUGGUUUGUUACAUUAUUUAUUAUUUAUUACACUACGUAGACUGUGUUGUUAUCUUCCUUUUAAUGUUCAACAUGGUAGAUGGACUAAUUGUUUUUAUAUUCACAUUUAAGUGGAUGUAAGGAACAAGCAGAAAAUGAUUAAACUUAAGUCUUUUGAAAUCUAAAAUCCUUAGAGGUGGUUUGAAGGAAUCUUCAGGCUAGAAGUUGGUGAGCUUGAAGCAAAACCUCUCUUCUAAUCAUUAGAGAGCAUCACUUAGCUUGCAGCAGUGAUUAUAGAAUUAGGCCUGUUCUCAAGUUAACAUUGUAAUCACUGUCACAACAGCUAUUACUGGCUUUAGUUCCCAUGUUGCUUUAGCUGUGAAAAGCUCAUAAUCCUUCAAACCUAAUGUAAAUGUACUGUUACAAGAAUUGCCCACUUGUGUGCUGUUUUAAAGAAACAUUUCUUUGAUAGCACUUGGUAUAUCCACUCUGUUAAUGAAACAUAUUCAACAGCUUUUGCUUUCAAAAUAAUAAGAGAUGACUUUGUCUUUCAAGAAACUGGUUUGCCUUCAUUCUUCUGUCUUAUUUGCCUUAAAGGAACUCUUUUCAGUUCAAAUUUUGUAUCCAAAUUUGGGACUUUUAAGAAGUAACCUUUGAAAUGUGAUAUUUAAAGUUAUAUUAAAAAUUCAGUGGCAAGGUAAAACCAGAGCAGCAAAUUGAAAUGGUGUGAUGAGAUCAAAGGGUCAGGAAGAUUCACUUUACAGUUUUAAGCCAACUUUUAUCAAUGGAUUUAAUUUAAUGUUUUAAAGUUGUUCUUUUGCAGAUUUUACACAUGUAUAUAAUUCAUUCUGAUUAUUCUCAUUCUUCACCCUCUCACAUAUCUCUCCCACCUCUGUCAAUCCCCACUUUUUCCUAUGAUUUUUUUUUUUUGCCACAUUGUCUUUUCCUUUGUAAACUAUCCUUUUGUUAUUGUUGCCCCACAUAUUGUUUAAAUGGACUAGAAAGCUAAGUUUGGGCAGGGAUUGUUUUGAAAUAAACAAAAGACAGGUAAUAUGCUAAUCCACAGAGCAGCUUUGUUGACAGUACCCAUUUAUUUUUAUAUAAAGUCUAAUAUUUGAAAUGCAGUUGUUGUUAUAAACCAAAUUUCUUUCUUCCUAUUCUCAUAUUAUAUCAUAUAUUUUAAGCUUCUAUUUGAAAACUAGUACAAGAAAUGAAAACAUAAUAAAAUCCUAUAGAUCCUGGUUUUGCUUGACCGACUUAUAAACCACUGUUUUAUGAUAACUGCUUUUGGAAUAAUAGAAAGUUUUGUGAAAUGUUGACCUAGUGUCUAUCUUAAGAAUGUGAAUUUAAUAAAGUAUAUAUACAUAUUUAAAAAGACAA